UAGAGCUUGUCUGUCUCUACGUCCAAUCUCUUCCCGUAUUCGGAGGGGUAUUUUCCGUAAUUUUGGAAUAGACACGUGUCUCUUUUCGUUAUUUCUGUCCUCGGACAGCCACUUACAAAAAAGGCUAACCCUACUUUGCCCCUUUUCUUCAAUCGCCGCCUCUUUUUCGAUCUCAAUAAUUUUUUCCCCCGAUUCCAUCUUGAUCUUUCGUCUCAAUUCCGAAAUUGAGAUUAGAUUCGAUUAAUUCGUUAUCUCCCCUAUCGUUCGAUCCCAAUUUCAACUAUAGCCGUGUUCCCAAUCCGAUUCUAGGGUUAGGGUUUCAGAAAUUGUUCGAUCUUCUUCUGCGAUCGUAGAUCUAAGAAACCAUUUUUUGGAUUAGCGAUUUCCGUUCUCAAUUUUUUCGGAUUCCGUAAAUUCUUUUGAAUUCUUUUGGAUGUUUAGGUUUUCUGAUUUCUGGGUUUUGAUCCAUUUAGGCUGAAUUAAUCCAUAGAUCUAUUAGCCUUUGAGGUUUUUCUAUCACACAGCUGCUGUAUUUGUCCGUUGAUCAGAUGCAAUUUUUGAGAUUUCGACGAAAAUUGAACAUCUAGGGUUAGGGUUUUCAAGAUUUUAGGGCUUUUCUUUAUUUUCUUAAAUUAGGUUGGGAAAAGUUCAGAUUCAUUCAAGUAAAACAGUUUUGCCCUUUGGUUGCGUUUCGAAUUGAGCUUUUAUCUUCCAAUUCAGCGAUCUGCUUCAUUUCUUGAAGACUAUUUUUUGAGUUUAAUAUGGUACAAAAACGGCCUCUUGAUGAUGAGCAAAUAUUUGUUUCUUUCAAGCACCCAAGACAAGUGGGGCACAGUAAAGAGCUAGUUUCUUUUUCAGAAUCUGUUUUUCCUGAAGAUGUGCAGACUUUAGAGAAUGGAUGGGCAAAAGACAAUGAUAAAGGUGAAGAGAAGCUUUCUGAUGACAUAUUUUCUGAUCUUCGUAAAGGUGGUGAGGAUGUUGAAACCAGUGCGCCUGGAAGCUUCACCAUCUCCUCAUGGACCACAAGCAGUACCAGUGAAGAAGAUUCUCUGUUGGAAGCACCAUUUCAUGGAUCCUUCGCGGACUGCUUCAAUCCUGAACGUCCAAUAAGGACAUUGGCUCAAUCUGAGGAUAUUUAUUCUUUUCUUUUGGAUCACCCUCCUCGGAAGUCUGUCUCCAUUGGACCAGAGCAUCAAGCUGAUGUUCCACCGUGGGGUGCACAGGGAACCAAUAAUAAUUCAAAUAAUUUAGAUACAUCUGAAGCAGUUUCAAACUCUGACCUUGAGGAUGAGAAACGACUGAUGGGGACCUGUGUUAUUCCAAUGCCUGAUUCUGAUUCAUCUGCCGACACUAGUUGCAUAGUUGGAAUUGGUAGAACUGAUUGCAGCUGUGAAGAUGAGGAUUCUGUUAGAUGUGUCAGGCAGCACAUUUUGGAAGCAAGAGAAAAACUUAUAAAGACAAUCGGGCCAAAGAGAUUUGAGGAGCUAGGAUUUAGUGACAUGGGAGAGCAAGUCGCACAAAGAUGGAGUGAAGAGGAGGAACAAUUAUUCCACCAGGUUGUCUUCUCAAAUCCAGCAUCGUUGGGCAAGAAUUUCUGGGACAAUCUUUCAACCGUCUUUCCCUCCCAGACAAAAAGGGAGAUUGUCAGUUACUAUUUCAAUGUCUUUAUGCUUGUGAAAAGGGCUGGGCAGAACAGGUAUGACCCAAUAAAUGUCGAUAGUGACAAUGAUGAAUGGCAGGGCAGUAAUGAUUAUGGUGACAAUCAACUAGCAGUUACAGAGGAUGAGGACUCAGUGGUUGAGUCUCCCAUAUGUCGAAAUGUUCCUCGUUAUUAUCAAAGUUGGAAGGAUAAUUUGCAAGAGUACGAUGAGGAAGUUGUGGAUGAUACUUGUGAUGAUAAUGUCAAUGUGGAUAUGUUUGGUGGGGGAACCAAGCAAAUUUUAGAUAGAUGCUAUGGGCUGGUUGACAACUGCAGUACCUGUCCUAUAGCUCAGCUUCAGGAUAAGAUUUCUUGGGAUGAAAAGGGGGAUCAAGAAGUCCAAGAUGAUUCAUGCACGUCCUUUGAUGCAGCGGCUGCUUCACAAGAGAAUCAGCUGAAGUCUGAGGAGGGGAAUCAUUGGUCGGGUGGUUUCAAUGGAUCUAGCAAUCGAGGUGACCAUGAAUAUGUCUUGGAGCCUUGUGAUACGAAAAUCUGGGAUGCUGGAUAUAUGACUUUCCCUGAGAAUAAGGUUGACUUCUUGCCAACUUGCAACAUGAUUGAAGAGGUGGUAAAAACUUGGGGUAGAGUUGCUUGUCCUUUAUCAAGGUGGUUUUGGAAAAGCAGCAUUGAGGUGUUCAUAUCCGGUGGUCCGCCCAGAGGUUUUUCCUCCGAAUUUUUUUUUAGAGGAGUUGAGUUUUCCUUGUGUACAUCUGAUUUGUUGGGAGAUGGAAGCUCGCCGUCCCUGUAA